CACCAACUCUACUGUACUGAGCAGAGUAGAGCUGCAGAGCACGGUAAAAAAGAAUUCACAAGUACUGAUUGUACUGUGCCAACAACUCCACUGUCCACUCACUUUUUCUUCACCCAGGAGACGAAAUUUCCCCAAGAGCCAAGAAGCGGAGAAGCUGAGGCCGGCGAUGAGCUCAUGGUGGUCGUGGCGGAGCCUCUUCUCCUCCUUGGCCAACGCCAACGGAGGGGGCAGCAAUGCCGAUGCUUCCUCCGGAUCCGGCACCUCCUCCUCCCCUCCCGUCCAUGAAGCUCAACAAGCAGCAGCUCGCCGGCGAAGCGCUCGCACCAAGAAGCCUCCCGAGGAAGAAGCAGCAGGAUCGCAGCCGCAGCCCAAGACUCGUCCUUCACCGGCGUCCAAGGCGUCCAAGGCGAAGGUGCUGCUGCUGCUCGGCGACGGCGAGCCCAAGAAGAAGCCAGCCCCGAACCCGACCCCGACUCAGAAGCGUAGCAACAAGAGAAAGCGGUCGUGGUCCAGGGCCGACGAGCUCAGGAUUCUGGAGGCCAUGGCCAACCACGCCAACGCCCAUGGCGGCGCUCUGCCGGAGGCCUCCGAUCUCUUUGCCGCCCUUGCCAGCAGCCUCGAGAGAGGAGAUGCCGACCUGCCCAAGCUCGCCGACAAGGUCCACAAGCUCAAGAGAUGGUAUGACAAUGCACGCCUGCCGCAGCGCUGCCCGACUGACGAUGACGACGAUACGCGUCGAUUGUUCCAGCUAUGUGGGAAGGUUUGGGGUCCCCCUUCAACUGUGCUGCGCACGAGCCCACGCCAACGCCACAAGGUAGUAGGAGUACUUGUCCAAGGAAAUGGUGCCAAUCCCCAGCCGGCAGCAGCACUCAAGGUCAAGGAGAAGAGAGUCAGGAGGGAGUUAUCUGAGCUUUAUGUCCUGUAUCCUUGUCUCGCCCAGGAGGUCAAGGCGCAUGCUAACGAAUACGGCGAGCUCAUCGGAACAGCCUUUCAGUUCAUCGGCGAUGACGAAGCUCGAUGUUACGACGACAGGUACAGGAAGAUGUUGGUGGACAAGCUUAACAUGAAGAAGGAACAUGCCGACGUAACAAAGUCCCUGCUGUGCACUCUUGCAGGCUACAUAAAUUAGGUGAUACAUGGGGCAUUCUGCGGUAUGGUUAACCUGCUAUGCUAGGCACCUUUUGUCUUAAUGUGAUUGGUAGUGGUUUGUUUGGUACCAAGAGGCCCUCUUUUGUGGAAUGGUCUAAUGCUCCUACCUGCUAGUUAGUCCGUGACUUUAGUCUGAAUGUCUGGCUCUAUUUAGACAUAUGUCUCUAUGUAUAUAUGGAACUAAUGUUAUGCCACAUGUUUAUAAAGUAGUAGUAAGUUAACUUCUA